GGAACCUUUCGUGCAUGGUUAGCUCCUUGUGUGGGAUAUACUUUUACUCAGUUAGUGACAGCGAGGGAAUAAAUUGAAGAUGGACUGAAGACAGGUAUCAUUAUGGACUUUCAAACCAUUCAGAGGCAGUUAGAGUAAGUCAAGAUGGGAAGCUCAAGAUCUACUUCGAAGAGGUUCUCACCUAAAGGGAACAAAGAAGAUGAGGAAGCUUUGAGUCACAUUUUCACCAGUCAUGCUAAACCAGUUUAUAAUGUGCAAUUCCCACCUGCAAAUCAGCCUAGACAAUUCACUAAACUUCCAAUCCCUUACGGUGAGGUGUUGAAACAAUUAGUUGAAGUUGGUUUGAUAAAGACAUUGCAAGUGAACCCUAUCCAACCACCUUAUCCAUAUUGGUAUGAUGCACAGGCUAGUUGUGAAUAUCAUAAUGUGGCGAGUCAUGGCACUGAGAAUUGUGCAACUUUGAAACAUAGAAUUCAAGAUCUUAUCGAUGAGGAUAAACUUCAGCUUGAUGUCAAGGAAGCCAAGGGUGUUCCAAACAUCACUCAAAACCCUUUACCUCCACAUGAUGCAGGCACAAUGAAUAUGAUCACUUUUAAUGGAGUUGAAAAGCCGAUGUUGGAGGAUACUGGUUCUUGGUCUCUUGAUGAAUUGUUUAGCAUUUUGAUAGAAUAUGAUAUAAUUCAGCCGAUUGCACAAAGGAGCUUGAAUGUUCUGCCAAUGAUAACUGAUGAUGCUAUGAUAUGUCUUUACCACUCCAAUAUGAAAGGGCAUACUUUGCAAAAUUGUGGAGAUUUGCAAAGAAAAAUCAUGAAGCUACAGAGAAUGGGAUCUUUGAAGUUUAUGUUUGCUCUAGAAUUAGAGAAAUUCAUAGCACCAGUGACUGAAGAAUACUUCACUAAGGAGAGGCCUUACAUUUUGCAAGAUACUAUAGAAGCACAAGUCAUUAGUCAGAAUUCACAGCAACCUUAUGCCUUGAAGACCUCUCUUAGCAAGUCACUCAUAGGGAAGACCUCAUCUGUGGCCAAUAGCCAUUUUCCUUAUUCAUGGUCGGUGCUAUGUGCAUCUCCCGAAGUGGAAGAGUUGAGAAAGGCUACCUUGAAAUCAAAAGAUAUCAGAAUUGAAGAGAUGCUAGUAGAAUCACCCAAGAAGGUAGUGUUAGAAAAUGAAGUUGCAGAAUUUUUGAAUAUUUUGAGGAAGAGUGAGUAUAGCAUCAUUGAACAGCUCAACAAAACCCCUGCAAAAAUUUCUGUUUUAGAAUUGAUGCUGUCAUCUGAGGUUCAUCUUGACACAUUGCUCAAAGUCUUGAAAAAGGCCCAUGUGCCUAAGAACAUUGAUACUCAGAAGUUUGGGACUGUGGUUGGGGCAAUCUUGGCUCCAAAUUAUAUUAAUUUCACUGAUGAUGAGAUUCCCGAUGAAGGAAAUGGGCAUACCAAGGCUCUUCACAUUUCUGUUCAGUGCAAGAUGAUGAAUGUGCCUCAUGUGUUAAUCGACAAUGGGUCAGCUUUGAAUGUGAUUCCUAUAAUUGUUUUGAGGCAGUUGAAAGUGGAUGAGUCUCACAUUAAUCAAUGCAAUAUAGUGGUUCGUGCUUUUGAUGGAACAAAAAGGAAUGUGGUUGGAAGGAUUGAGCUUCCAAUGGAAAUUGGUCCUGUGACUUUUGAUGUGGAUUUCUUUGCUAUGGACAUUUCUCUUGCUUUUAAUAUGCUUCUUGGGAGGCCUUGGAUACAUGUUGCCGAAGCAAUACCAUCCACCUUGCAUAAGAAAGUCAAAUACAUUGUCAAUGGUGUUCUUGUCAUGGUGAAUGGUGAGGAGGAAAACGUCAUCCGAAAGGCUACAACCAUUCCUUACUUGGGAAUUGAUCUUGGAACUUAUGAAUCCUUUUAUCACUCAAUGGAGUGUGGUGCUGCUUCUUAUAUACAUUCAAAGUUCAAAGGAAAAUGGGCUGAAAUGGCUAAACCUGCCAAGGUUGCUGCUAAGAUUAUGCUUUCAUGUCAUUACCAGUUGGGAGAGGGUUUGGGAUUGAAUGGACAAGGAAUUCUCGAGCCUAUUGAGGUAAUUCAAGCUUGGUGCACUUUUGGCUUGGGAUACAAGUCGAAGAAGGAAGAUUGGCAGAGAAUACAUGCUAUUAAAGCAGAGAAGCGCCUUGCUAGACUUCAAGGGAAAGAUCCAAGGGAUGAACCAAUUUCGGUGCUGCACAUUAGAGUCACAUUUCCACGACCUAUUGAGAUUUUGUGCCCUUCUCUUGAUGGAUAUGUGGUGAAGCAUAUGGAUGUUUUAUAUGUAGAUCCAGAGGGUACUAUUUUCACAAAUAGAUUGCUUGAAAUUAGGGAAUGUUCAAAACAAGCAAAGUUUGAGGAAGUAGUCGUGGAAGAUAUCACGGAUGAAGUUUGUUCUGAUGAUGAGGAAGACAAUUUUGGUUUCAACAACCUCUUUAGGCCAGCCAACAUGACAAAUCCUGAGGAAAGGUGGAGAAGGACGCUUGCUGAAAAGGCAUUUAUGGAGAAGCACCCCAACUUCCAUUUAGUUCAUCAUGUGAAAACUCCAAUGGGAUCACAUGAGUCUGUGCUACUUGAAACAGUGAAAGAAGAAUCACUAUAUGACUAGUGGGGAAAUUUGACUAUAAAUGCUCUAGAUGAGGAAGAACUUGAAUUUGAUAAGGGAAUUUCUCUAGUUAAUGGGAGCUCAUAGGCUAAUUGGACAGCAGAGCUUCUCCCUGCAGCUUUCAUCUCUGAGUAAGAAGAGUCAGCCUCUAGUAGUUCUGCUUGUGACUACAUGAAGGGAGGGAUUCAGCAAGCACUUUUAUAUUUUCUGAAAUUUGUGUUAUCAUGCUUCUAGUAUUCCCAUGCUUUCCUUUUCAAUGAAACAUGUUGCAAUCC